CCACCGGAUAUCUCGGUUCUUCUUCGCGUGUUGUAGCUGUCACUCACGUCGUCGGGGAGCCGAGCGGCGAGUCGAGCUGAGUUCAGCCGAGCGGCUCUUGACACAGGCGAUGAGCGCAUGAAAAACUGUCCGCACGUCGAAGAAACAUCCACCUCAAACAUGUCUGCUGCUGUUUUCACCGGCCUUCUCCUCUUGUGCCUCCACACCAGCGCCGCUGGAGCAGGGGUGGCUGCACCACACAACUUGGCCAUGGUGACUGUAAACACAAACUACGUCCUGACCUGGGACUGGGACCAGAGCGCUGCAGAGGGUCACAGUGUCACCUUCACCACACAAUACAUCGCGAGGUACAGGCUGAAGCCCUCAAAUAAGAAGAGACCGACCUGGUCCAUGGCGUGUGAAGAGAAGCCAAACAGGUCAUGUGACCUCACAGAGUUCGACCUGCACUACCUGGGCAUCUACGUGCUUCGUGUACGAGCCAACCUGAACGGGAAUCACUCGGACUGGGUGCAGAAGGAAUUCUGCCCUGAUAAAGAAGCUGCUUUGGGCCCUCCGAGGAAUGUGACUCUUGCAGUUGCAGGAGGCGACCUGGAUGUCAACAUCUCCGACCCUUUGACCAGAAACAACAGCUCCAUGAGGGAGAAAGUGGACAAACUGUACUACCACAUCGUCUACUGGGAAGACUCUACAGACCCACAGGAUUCAGAAGCCCAGAUGGUGAGCAGCAGUGCUAACCUGGUGACGCUGCCCCACCUGAAGCCCUGGACUCUGUACUGUGUGAUCGUCCAGUCUCGCUCUGACUUUUACAACAAGAGCAGCAGCUUCACCUCCCCACAGUGCAUGGAGACUGAAGGUGCGAUACCGUGGUGGCAGAUCCUUCUGUACUUCCUGGCCUCCCUGCUGGUCUGCUUCAUCUUGGUGCUGGUCGCUGUCUUCGGCUUCUACAGGACCUACAAGACCAUCAAGUCCACUUUCUGCCCCUCCAACCAGCUGCCACCAAUCUUCAAGACGUACCUCUGUGAUUCUCCUGGCUCCGACAUUCCUCGCCUCCUCACCCCGGACUCAGAGUCAGAGCUGUUGUGUGACAAGGUGAUCAUCUGUCCAGAACCGGUCCUGGAGAUCCACAACCCUCCCCCCGAGGCCCUGCCGUCACCCACAUCAGGCCCGGAGCCGGACAGCAGUGGCAGACACAGCCGUCAGGACAGCAGCGGCAGCGCAGACUCUGGCGUUUACUCCACAGGAGGCAGCUCCGGCCUGCGGCAGCCCAGCAGCACUCAGUCCUCCUCCGGGAUGGUCGAGAACUCCUGGCAGGGUGACUUGGAGCAGGUGAAGAUGAAGGACAUGGCUCCAGGGCUCAAGAGUCAACCUCUGAUCACAGACGAGGGCAUCGUAGACAUGUGCGUCUGAAGGCUCGCACGCCGAAAGACGUUUGUUGGAGGAUCGUGAAGGGAAUGAUGUUCAGGAAGGUGCGGAAAAUGUGCGGCGUGCCUUUUCUCCAGCUGUCACUGUGAAACGAGGAGAGGAUGUACAUCCUCAUCUGACCUGAAUUUGCUGCCAACCAGGAAGUACUGUCAGCGCUGAUUUGAAUAUGUUGUACAUUUCUGUCCCCUCGUCUCCGACAGCCACUGUUUGAAGCCUGCAGUCGUCACUGUAAUGUGCCAUCACUCUGUGGCUGAGAGGAUUCAUCUGUGUCGCAGUCUGUUGAUGUUUUACUGUCAUGUUGCUUUUUUGAGUUAACAUAAGUAGCUUAAAGGUGCUAAUUAGCAGUAAUUUAAUAUUAGCGGACUAAGUCAAAUAAAAUGAUCUCAGAGCGCUUGAUUGACUCAAACAGUGGACGUGACAUGAAGGUACCAGAGCCCUCGAGUAGAGCGAGUCUCGUCAUCUCUGUUUACUCCAUCUGACCUGUUUUAUUUUAUUGAUGGUCCUGGAGCCUCUCGUCCUGUAGAUCAGUCAAUUGAUAAAUCAUGUGAAAACUGCGAAUUGCCAGACAUCGUACUUCUCUCUCUCAGUAUUCACGCAGUCAAACUGCCCACUUCGAACUUCCUGGAAGUAUCUGAAGUCUGUGAAUCACGCGACGAUCUGGAAUUUAAGUUUUUGUUGUCAUGACUCGCUCUGCUCACUGGCUCUGGAACGCUCCAGCUGUCGGCCAAACCUCACCCACCUGCUCGCAGCGCUACGGUGGCUGAGGAGGACAAUCGAUUACAGCAGAUCUAAAAUAAAUUAAAACGUUUUCAAAGUGCUGCUGCGAGAAGAAAUAAGAUUAAAGUCCACGUUUGAAGCAACAAUAUAUAACUUCCACCGCAAAUCACAUAUUUUACGAAAUUAAAUUAUUAGAAAAAAUACAUUUACGAAUCUUGGCAUCUAUUAAAUUCCAGUAUUUUAUAUCUGGGCUGCAAUAAAAUCCUUUAGGGCAAGAACAAAUAUUUAGUGAGUCGGCCUAACAACUAAAAAUAUAUUUAUACAUAUGAUUAUGUUUACGCAAUUUUAUGGAGUGGCCUGUUUAAGUUUCCCCAAAUAUGCAGUUUUUUAAUGUUAAAAACUUUCAAAUAUCUGACUCUCCUCAAAGCACCGCUGAGUGGCAUCUGGUAGAUAAAAAGGAACCCUGACACCGUCUGAUCCUGCAGUCCUGCAGUCGAUCCUCCAGGAAGGUUUUAUUCAGCAGCAGCUCAGGCAGUGCAGGUCACUGCCAGUUAAAGAAUUAAUAUGUAGGAAUUAAAACCACCAGAGCUUUGUUAUAUAUUCUGUUGAGUAGAAGAAAAAUCUACAUUUUAAUCCCAGAAGUUAAAAAGUCAUCUCUGAGCUGUCCUCCCGCCAGUGAACGCUCCGGGUCAGAGCAGAAUCCAGACGUUUGUUCUUCCAGGAGAUCUGGAUCUGAACCCGACUCGCCUUCAUCUUUUGUUACCUACUAACGCAGUAAUUUUUAAAAUAGUUGUGCUGUUUAACAUUUUGCUGAAACGUCUCUGAAAGACUUUAAACUUUUAACAGGGUAGUUUGACCUGAACAGGAACGAUCCAUCCCAGAUGUGUUCAGGCGUCUCCGCAUCGGAUCUCAUCCGGUUCCAUACUUGAAUAGUUCUGAGUCCAAAACUUAAACGAAGGAAGUAGUUAGGAAUUUAUUUCUGUUCUUCUGGUUCUGGUCUUCAUCGUAUCACCAAAGAACCAGAUUUAAUCCAACGUUUUUUCACUGUUAUUAAAGGAAAGUUUUGUGUGCGUCUCUGAAGCUUGUAUUAAUUUUAAUGCAGAAAACAUUUUCAUUCCAUUUAUGAUUCUUAUAGAAUCUUGGUGCCAUAUUGGUUAUAUUUUGUUUUUCUAUCAAAGAUAUUUUCUUUGUGUUUCUUCACUUAAAUGUACAAAUCACGGAGGACGAUUAACGGCCACUGUAAGAACAUUUCUUGACUUCUGUCCGACUCUUGUGUCCCCUCAGAACUUUAAGGAAAAAAAGUCUGAAUUCUGAGAAAAGGAUUUGUGAAGAGAAUUGAGAAUAUAAUGUUUUUUUUUUACAGUGGCUCUAAACGUCCUCCAGCGUUCAUCUGUCAUGUUUGUUUUUAUGCUUUUGAAGGAGAAACUAGAUCGUCACAGCAGAACUCCCUCUAAGUUUUACCUUCCAUGUUCAUUACAAUCUUCAUUUUGUGACUUCACUUCAAUAAAGACGGAGAGAAAAUGUUCUGUUGUGAACAGAAGCAGCGAGGAGAUGGAGACGGCUGCCUCGCUGUGGACUUGUACAGAUUAUGAAACAGCUGUCGUCACUUCCAUCUGCUCUAUAACAACACAUACAAAUGGCUUUUUUUUUUUUUUUAAUGUGCCGUGUGACGAUGAUGUUCGGGAUGUUUUGAGGCAGAAAGUGUAGAAUAUGAUGGGAGAGGGUCAAGAAGACAAACAUGAUUUAAGUUCCUGAGGUUUGAUUCUUGUUGCAGAGCUUUUGGGUCUGCGUCGCCUCAACAUUCAGCAUCUGUUGUAACGUCUGUGGAAACUGAAACUGUAUAUAAACAUAUUGUGAAGCUUUGUGCUGGUGAAGUGAGUGGAAGCAGUGAUGUAAGUGUACGUCUCCACAACUCUCAUGUCUACUGCUCCCAUCUUAGUGGACAUUAAUGGAUCAUCAAGAUGAAAUAAAUCACUUCUUAUACCAAA